ACUAGCUCCCUUGUUGAUACUACCAUACUGCUUCAUUCUCAUCCCCUAUACAGCAGUAUAUCCUCAACUCCAACAUGUCAAAUACGCCGGCCGCCUCCAUCGAUGCCCUCUGCGAAGAGGUCAAGCAGGUCCUCCCCGCAAGAUUCUCAAAAGACAGCUGGUAUCUGAUCGUUGCAGCCUCCCUAGUCGCAUCCGGACAGCCAUCCGCCCUCACGUCCCUCUACACGUACAUCACGGAAGAGGACCCGGGCCAUCGCGGAUUAUCCUACGAGGACGAGAGACUCCUCAAGGCCCGUCUGGGCGAUCUUCUCAUGAAGGAGUGGACGUUGGUCGGGAUACCCACUGUGGUGGUUGCGGUUACUGCGCUGGCUAAAGCGGAGAAGGAGGUGCAAGAGAGGGAUAUGAAAGUUCCUGAGAAGAGGAUAAAUAUCGACAACGACUUCAUCAUGGAAAGAGGGACGAAAUUCCUCCAGAAACUCUACAAAGAGAAUCUCUCACCCAUCUUCUCUACCUGGGGUUCUUACGGGCCGGAUUUUGAGUGGAUGGAGAAGGCUAUUAUUUACGGUCUGUUUCUGUCGGAUCAUGAACUUCUUUCUCCCACGGAGACGUCGUUGGUUACCCUUUCUUCCAUCAUGUGUCAGGGGCUGGCUGCUCCGACGAUCUGGCAUUUGAGGGGAUUAAGGAGGUUGGGGGUUAGUGAGGCGGAUGUUGAGCUGGUGCAGAGGGCGAUUGAGAUAGUGGCUAAAUGGGCUGGAAGAGAUGUGCAGGGUUGGCCUCGCGUUACGGAUAUUCCGGAUGCGAUCAAAGAAUGAGCGGAUUGCAGAAUAAGAAAUAGUGCCC